UUUAAUACUUCAGUGUUACACGUACACGUAUUAUAAUUUUUUUUUUUCGUAUAUAUUUUUCACAUUAGUAAGUCGAAUAUUCAAAGGUUUCCAUUUGUUAAAAGUAAUAAACGUAAAGUAAUUUUCGUUAUGAUCGUUGUAGUUAAGUGACCGUGGUUAGUUUCGUUUCUUAUAUGUGAUUAAUCGCAAGUUAUAUCGUCGAAUUGCCAGAUUCCAUCACCGGCCAACAUCAGCGUGAGCGUGACUGGUUGGUGUAUCGCGCCCUCGGCGAAACGAAAGGAAGUACCAAGGAGCAGCAUCCUUAGUUACCAGCAGAGUCGGCAGCAGUAGCGGCGCCAAGCGAAUAUGGCUACUUUCGAUGGACCUGCGGCCGCUUCGCGACUAUACAGCCACACCCACAUACAAAUGCAGCCAUUUCACGAUGCGGCGCCCGGCGUGCCGCUGAGUAUGCAGAUUCCGGUGCCUCCGAUGCAUCAUAGUUCGCUACCAUUCCCGAUUUUGGGCCCAUCGCCCGAGGCGGCGGCCAUGCUUAUUAAUCAAAUGAAGCCGAUGGUGGCGAAUCCGAAUCCGGUCGCCGCUCCGGUCGUCAACGAUCAUCGACCCACCAUUUCGGUGCCGGAAGACGUGUACGCGGCGCUGAUGGAGAAACCCGAUACCAACGUUACGCCCGACGAAGACAUGGUCACCACGUGUAGUCAGUGCGGACUCCAAAAUAUCAUCCUUCAGAUUAAAUGGAAUCACGCCAGAGCCAAAUUGAAAUGUUUCGAACAAUUUUUUCAAAUUAUGCACGCGCAAGUCAAUUUUAAAACGAUUCCAAGUCAGAGUGCGCCAAUGGUGCCCGGCCAAGCGCCCAUAUCGCAGAAUAUUAUAUGUCCGCCGCCACCGCCGCACCAAUCCGACCAUUAUGCGCAUAAUUUAAAAAGCAAUCUGUCGGCCACUGCUCAAGAAUUUCGUCCUAUUCAGACUCAUAAACAAGCGAAUUUACACCACGAAGAUCAACUGCAUCAGCCGCCGUACAAUACUAGCGCAAUGACGACCACCGUUGUCACAUCCAGCAAGGAUAUGUACCUGACUCAUAAUAAUAAUAAUAACAAUAAUAAUAACAACAAUAAUAGCAGCAACAAUAACAACGUGGUGAAUAACGACGAUUCGAAGCUGCGUGGUAUAUCGUCUAGCGAACCAUUAGAUAUAAACGAUUCGGGCACCUUAGAGUCCGGCAUCGAUUCCGGUGUCCACGAUUCGGGCGUAUCGGAUUCCGGUGUUACUGAUCCCACUGUACCAGACUCAGCGCCUUCCCGUGUCGAUGAUCCGUGCAACGCUUGCGAAUCCGAUAGUCUGAAAAACGAGAAAGAUGGUAAAAGGAAAUCGAAAAAGAAACGAAAGAACCUGAAAAUGCAGAAAUCCGAAGAUGGCUCAAUGGAUAAUCUGCUGUGCGAUGGCGAAAACGAUUACAGCCAGUCGACGGGCGUCGCAUCCGAUCUCCACAACGCCGUUGGCCGCAACACCAACAACAACGCCUCAUCGGCACCGGGCCAUUUACCGGCCGGACCUCGACACCGUUCCGACUCGCACGGCGGCAAAGGCAUGCAGCAGCAGCAGCAGCCUGGCAGAGGUCACCUGAACGAUACCGUAUCGGGUGGCGCGGGCGGCGGCGGUGGCGGCGCAGGCCCUCGACAACAUCCUAAACCGCAACGCAACUCGGGCGACAACAAAAGGCCCAACAGUCGAAACAACAACUACCCUACUCGCGACGAUACGCCUCCCACCGCCAUCGAUAAACGUAACGGAAUAGAACGCGAUCGAUCGAUACCCGAUCGUAACGAAAGGAUACCACCAGUACCCAGAGGGCCCAGAAAUGCCUCCGGACCGAUGGCCGCCGCCGCCGGACGACGUGGCAAUAACACCAACGAUAUGAUGAAUCACUGCGACGUAUCGCCGUCGCCUGCUCACCGAGGAGGACCGCAGCCAAAUCGUCGGAGCAAUAACGGUAAUGGUUCCCCGUACGCGUCGUACAGCAAUAAAAAAUACGGCAUCGGACAUAGCAACAAUGGCAGCGGUGCUAGCAGCAGCACCUGCAGUAAUAGCAGUGGCGCGGGUAGCGCAGGCAGAUCGUCGUAUGGUGGUUAUUUCCUUCACGAAGUCGACGGUAAUCUGUUCACCGUUUCGGAGGAUUACUCGUUGGCUCAUUGCGUCGCCGAAGAUCUACGUAUGGGCGCCGGAAUUGCCGUACAAUUCAAGAAAGAAUUCAGUGGCGUAGGCGAGCUUUUAGAUCAACGUAAAAAAGUCGGCCAAGUUGCAGUCCUGCCGAGAGGCAAUCGUUAUAUAUUUUACCUGAUUACGAAACAGCACAGCAACGGAAAACCAACGUUGGACGAUAUGAAACGAACAUUAUUAAGUUUACGAGAAGAAUGCGCCAAGCUGGACGUGAAAAAAUUAGCCAUGCCACGUAUCGGAUGCGGGUUGGAUAAAUUGAAUUGGAGAGACGUAAAGGACCUUCUCCAAGAAGUGUUCUCGCAAACCGAAUUCGAAAUCGUCGUCUAUAAUUUCAAAGAGGAUGAAGAAUCGUUCGACUCGUCGUUCUCUCAUUCGAAAAACUCAUCUACCGGAUCGUCGUCGUCUUCGUCUGCGGCACCGAAAGCACCGCUGAUCAGAUAUCGCCCUCACUCGUUAGUAAAUAUCGAGCCGCAAACCGCUUUAGUUGUAUUCGGCACACCGACCGGUUUCAUGGACAAAACAUGCCUGGCGGUCAACUCGCACCCCAAUCAAUUCACCUUCCAAAAGAAAUACCAAGAGCUAUGUCGCAAAAUGUCCGCCGGCGACGUCAUCGAAAUCGAAGCCCCUAAUCCGGAGUACUUCGUUUACGUGUUGCUCGUACGUGAAAACGAAACGGCGCCGUUCUCAUUUAAAUAUCUCGAAAGUUGCGCCCAUCACUUGAACGCUAAACUGAAAAAAGCCCAAUUUAGGUACGUCGCUUUCGACGCCGUCGAAGAUCCGGAAGAUUCACUCUUCACCGACAAAAUCAUCAGUGUAUUUCGUAAUCAUAUUUAUUACGGUAUAGAAAUCUACGUGUGUAAUAAUAAUCAUAACAAAAACAACACCAACCCAUCUAUUACUUCUACCAACACCUCCACCAACAGCAUCGUAACCAAUACAACCAAUAAUAAUACUUCGAAUGCUGCGACCUCCGCCGAUCGAGAUCGAGAUCCUCGAGAUCAUUCGUCUCAACAGCAACAGAAUUCUAGUAAUUCGCCUAAAUAUAAUACCACAAGGCGUUCUUAAUGUCGUCGCAGUCGCUGGUACGAGCUUUAUUUUUAUUCUUAUAUAUUUUUUUCUCUAUUUUCUACUAUUUCGUUUUAUACCUAUUGAAAUUUAUUAUUUUUUUCGCCUUUCGUUCGUUACGUUAGUUUUUUUUUUUAUUAUUAUUACUAUUAUACGUGUAAUAUUGUUUUUCGUUAUUUUGAAAAAAAAGGGUUUUUCUAAAAGAAAUUAUUUCUCGUUUUCCUCUCAUCCUUUCUCCUUGCUUUCUCUUCUUCGCUCCUUGUCAUUUUACCCUUUCAUUUUUAUAAAAAUAUUACGUUUAUGUACCUAAUUAUUACGAAAUGAUCAUUUUUUUCCUCUGUGGUAGUAUGACAAUAAUUUUUCCUUUUUUUUCUUUUUUUUGUAUUUUGUAAUAAUUUCCAAAAUGUAUUUUUCAACUUCGAACACCAUUUUUAAAGCUAUUUUUCAAAAAAUCGUAUAAAUUUGUCAGUCGCGCGACGAUCGCGUAAUUUUUCAUUAUACAAAUUCGUGUAAAACCAUUUUGAUAAUUUUUUUUUUUUAGCAAAGAUUUAUCUCGUUUUUUAAUUAUACAUAUUUUUUUACAGCGAAAUAAUUCGUAUUACGAUAAAAUAUCGUGUAAAUUGGGUCGUCGUUUUUCGGUGUUUGAUGUUUUUUUUUUAAAUAUAUAAUUACGCAUCUUGUUACGUGUGAAAUAUGUGAUUAUUCGUCAAUUUGUAUUUUUUUUUUUUUUGAAUGUUGAAUAUUAUUUGUUAUUUUUUUCUCUUUUUUUUGUAACGUUGAGAAUUUUUAUUUGAAAAAAUUUUUACAUCCGAGGUAGUAUGUAAUUUUCCCCUCUACUCAAAAAUGAUCGAAAGUUUUGUACACUCGAACGCGAAAUUUCGUUUCUGUAAUUCCGUCGUUUGCGGGUUUUUUAUUUUCUCUCAAGGUUGGGGCACUGUUAUUACGAAUCACUUAAUAAAUUAGCUCUCGUCUAUUUAUAUUAUUUUGUAAAUUUAUUACUUAAAAUUUUUAGCAAAUUCGUAUAUAUUUAUUGUUAUUAAAUUUAAAAGAAUUUAGAUCUAAAUUUACCUUCGUUUUCGUACCGGUACCGUUAUUUAUGUAAUUUUGUAAGAAAACGGCAAAAAAACAAUACGGAAUACGAAAUAAAUUUCGCAGGUUUUUUUUCGGGAUUUCCCCUUUUUUUUUGUAUUUUACCAUGGUUUAUAAUUUUAAAAUUAUACGACUUCUUUAUUGCGUGACCAUAAAAAAGUUUAAUUUGUAUCGUAGCGUACGAUAUAACCGAAUUAUUCUUUCUAUAAUUUUUUUUUCUUCGUUGUAGAUAUUUUUUUUCUAUGUCUAGUUACUUUUUUUUUUUUUAUUAAUGUAAGUUUUUCAAGUUAUAAAUUUUUGUGUUGUUGUAAAAGUUGAUAUUUUUUCUUACCGUUUAUUUUUUUUUUCGAUUUGUUCGGAAGGUGCUUGAGGAGUUUUUUUUUGUUCUUUUUUUUCUUUAUUUUGGUUUGUUACGUGUUGAUUAUUUGGUCAGAUUUGUUCAUUGUUUCUUUAUUAUUUUUCUUUUAUUAUCUGUUUCUGUUGUUUUUGUGUUCUAAAUCGCAGCAUGAGACGAGGUAAAUAAUUUCAGGAUAAACGAUUUCGCAGUACACACUAUAAUAUGGCCAUAUGUAAAUAGAAUUAGAUUUAGGACGACGAUUGAUGACGAAAAUUAAUGUUGACCGAAAAAAAAUGUACGCUUGCUUUUUUCUUUUUUCGACUUCCUUUUAAGGUGCCAUUUUUUUUUUUUUUUUUUUUUAAAUGUAAAACUUGCAUAUUUUGAUAUGUAUUCGAAUUCACCACGGUACGAUUGCCCUGCCCCCCUCUUUCCCCUCUGUGCCGACGUAAUACAAAAUACUGUGAUUAUACAUGAAACGUGGUUCUUCCUACGAAUGUUAUUCAUUUUAUAUACGACUAACUUAAUUAUAAUAUUCCAUUCUGUUACGUUUUCUAAAAAUGUAUGUGUGUAUGUAUGUGUGUGUUUGUUCGUUUGUUUCUGUUUUCUAUAAGUUAAUUAGAAAAAAAAUUUUUGUACAUUUUUUUGCAAUAGCCAACUACGAAUAAAGUAGUUGUCACUUUGAGCGAUUGCCAUUUUUAUGCACAACGGUCCAGUUUUUUUUUUGUAUUCAUUUUUUCGUUUCUUUUCUUUAAUUUUUUUUUUGUUGUAAUUUUUGUCUCAUUGAUUACGUUUCCCAUAUCCAUUCCAUCGUAAUCGUUUAGCUAAGAAUUUUUCUUUCUUUCUUUUUUUUUUUACGAAAAAUAUUUUUUAGUUUAUUUUAUCGACGCGUGUUAUGUUUCUUUUUUCGUUUAUUUAUAUAUCUUAUAUUUUGAUUUGUAUAUUUUCUUCAUUUUUUUUCUUCUUCUAUCUGUUUAGGAAAUGAAUAAAGUAAAAGAAUAUUAUUCUUAUAUCGAGAUUUACAUUUUAUCUUAAUUUGUAGAAGUUUUUCUUCUUUCUUUCGUUUUUAUUUUCGUUUUUUUUUUUUUUUUUUUUUUUUAUAACAAAUAUAUUUGUAUCAUUUAUCCAAUAAUUAUACUUUGUAUUAGGUUUAUUUUCUUAAUUUUUCUUCCACUAAUGUUUUUUUUUCUACAAAUUUCUCUUUUCUUUCGUUUUGUUUUAUCGUUAUGAGUUUUCUUUUUCUUAUUUUCUUUACUUUUUUUUUUUUUUUUUUUUUGUUAUACUCAUUUCCAUUUAUGUAAAUUUCAUUUUUACGAGUAAAAAUUAUUUGUAUCUUAAAGCAUAUCAGCACGUACGUACUGCAUUUCUUUUAUUAUGUCUGAUUACAAGUAUACCAUUUUUAUUGUGAACAUUAAACAAAUAAAUAUAUUUAAACUACUAUCACUAUG